UUGCAGCGUCGAAGUUACCGUUGGUCUGCGUCUUCUCCAAGUCGCCUAAAUAAUUGGGAUACUUCUACCGUGUUUUCACACCCACUUCAAGCUCAAAAUCGUAAUAAGUUCUAUGCUGAAACCCACCCAGGUCCAGUUACACGUAAAGGUGUUUCUUCGGGUUUGAUGUGGAGUACAUCAGUUAUUCCUCACAUAAAUAACGACUCUCCUGAUAGUAGAGAAUGUUCCGACGUUAUCAUUUUUGAUUCUCCUGCCUCCUCCAGUCACAAGAAUAAAGAUAUCAUGAAUGAAUCUACUGAGUUCUCCUUAUAUUCUGAUCCUAGUCAUUCAUCCAGUCUACUUUCAAAUUUUGCUACUCUAAGAGAAGACAAUAGUUUGUGUGACAUUGAGCUAGUGGCGGAAGGUUUUAGCAUUAUGGCUCAUAAAUGUGUUUUGGCCGCGACCAUUCCUUAUUUUAGAGUAAUGUUCUCAGGAAAAAUGAUCGAGUCUCGUAUGAACAGCAUUACAAUGAAUGAUAUUCAUCAUGGUGCACUGAAAGUUCUGGUCGAUUAUGUAUAUACGAAUCAAAUUCGCAUUGAUAGUGAAAAUGUACAAAAUAUUUUAUUUGCGGCUUCCAUUCUUCAGAUGGACAGCGUUUGCAUUGCUUGCCAGAAAUUCCUAUCAAGGUUUUUAACAACAAAUAAUUGUCUUUCAAUCCGUCAAUUCGCCGAAAGGCAUAAUUGUACUGAUUUACUGGAAAGUACUCAAGCCUUUGCUGUUGACCAUUUUUCUGAACUUCGAGCCAGUGAAGAGUUCUUAGCUAUUCCUUUCAAUCAAUUGAGAGAUCUGAUAUCAAGUGAUACACUUUUGGUGAGAAGUGAAGAAGAAGUUUUCGAAGCUAUAAUGUUAUGGGUCAAUCAUGAUAUCAGUAAUCGAGAGAAAUACUUAUUUGAGCUUAUUACUCAUAUUCGUUUCUCACAGAUUAACGUCAAAUAUUUUAAGGCCAUGAUAAGAAAAUACACAUUUUUUUCCGAUGAUGUCCGAUGUCGAGAUCUUGUUUCUGAAGCCGCUCUCGAUAUGCUCUUCCCCAGUGAAUCAUACCUUCCUCCUACACGAGAAAUAAUGUACCCAGAAAAUAUUGACCAUUAUUCAGUUGUUCCUUCAACCAGUUCGAAACCUUCUGUUGUACCAUCGGAAAGAAAACUUACUCCAAGAAAAGCUCUAACCGGAGUAAUAUUCUGUGCUGGGGGGAGAGGAACCGUAGGGGUACCAUUCCGAUCAGUAGAAGCCUAUGACUGGAGAAGAAACAUAUGGAUUCCUGUUCCUGAAAUGAUCCAACCAAGGAGACAUGUUGGUGUAGUUGGUGCACAUGGAAAAUUGUACGCUAUUGGAGGUCAUGAUGGACAAGCUCAUUUAGCAACAGCAGAAGUUUUCGAUCCAGCCUUGGGUUGCUGGAAAUCUGUAGCGCCUAUGAAAACUAGUAGACGGGGUAUUGCUGCUGCUGCUAUUGAUGGAGCCAUCUAUGCCGUAGGAGGAUUAGAUGAUCACACUUGCUUCCCAAAUGUUGAGCGAUAUGACAUUGAGCUGAAUCAAUGGACUGCUGUCGCUUCAAUGUGCACUCAUCGAGGAGGAGUUGGAGUUACUACUUAUCAGACUUAUCUUUUUGCCAUCGGUGGUAAUGAUGGGACACAUUCAUUGGACUCUUGUGAAUGCUAUGAUCCAGUUCUGAACAAGUGGAAAAUGCUCAAACAUAUGUUUAAUAGGAGGGCUGGAGCAGGAGUUGCUGUUCUUGACGGAUUCCUCUAUGCUGUUGGUGGUUUUGAUGAUAAUUCUCCACUAGCAACUUGUGAACGUUAUGAUUUAUUGAAUAAUCAAUGGGAAAUUCUGUCAAACAUGACUACUCCCAGAGGAGGUGUCGGAGUGGCUUCUAUGGGUGGUUUCUUAUAUGCCAUUGGAGGUCAUGAUGGCUUAAGAUAUUUAAACACAGUGGAACGUUUUGAUCCUGUUUCAAACACUUGGUCACCUGUAGCCGAUAUCCGUGAAUGUCGAGCUGGUGCUGGAGUAGCUUGGGCUUCCGUCAGCGUCAGAGAGUUAGAAAUAUCAGUGAAAGACUGUCAGUCGAGUCCUUUUGAAGCUGGUCAAUGUAUAUAA